AUGGCACAUGAUGUAACCACAGAGCAGCCCAGCAUACCGGGUACUGUCCACCUGGUUGAUCUUGAUGGCACCAUGCACACACAGCAUGCUCAACAUGGACAGAGAGAUAUUGUACUGGUUCCAACACCCUCGCAAGAUCCUGAUGAUCCAUUGAACUGGUCGCCUCGGAGAAAAGCACUGUCCACGGCCUGCAUGGGUGUCUAUACGUUGAUGGUCGGCAUUGCGAGUGCGGCGAUCUACUCAAUUCUGCAGCCUAUUGCCGAGGAGACUGACCUGACGCUCAACGAAUUGAACAAUGGUACCGGAUAUAUGUUUCUCUUCUUUGGAUGGGGCUGCCUUUUCUGGCAACCUAUCGCCUUGCAAUACGGCAAGCGACCAGUAUAUCUGUUCAGCAUACUUGCCACUAUGGGCAUUCAACUUUGGGCACCAUAUACCAAGAGCAACGGUCAGUGGAUUGCCAACAAGAUUCUCCAAGGCUUCUUUGGAGCUCCGAUAGAGAGUCUUUGUGAGAUCUCGGUCACAGACGUCUGGUUCCAACACGAACGUGGAAAGUACUUGGGCCUCUAUGCACUUCUCCUAGCCGGCUCCAACUUUCUCGCCCCAGUAUUUGCUGGUUUCAUUGCGGAUGGCCAAGGCUGGAAGUGGGUUCUGUACUGGUGCGCGAUUUUCUGCGGAAUUGGAUUUCUCUUCCUUUUCUUCUUCAUGGAGGAAACAAAUUACUCUAGGCACUUGGUUACUGGAAUAGCUCCUGAUGUUGGUGUUCAGCCUGAACUACCUUCUACCACAACCAAGGCGGGUGAAAAAAUCGUGCGCUCAAAGGACUGCGAUUCAGAGACCGGACUGCAUAUACCCCUCGAUCAAUUCAAGCCCAAGACAUAUCUGGACAAGGUCAAGCUGUGGCAGAAGUCUGAUAUGCAGAAAGACAAUCACAUCGUCGGUAUGACCACUCGACCGCUGAUCUUCCUCUCCUUCCCUGUCAUUCUCUAUGCUGGAUUCUCGUACGGCAGCAACCUGAUCUGGUUCAACGUUCUCAAUGGAACUGCUUCGUCAAUUCUCGGGAGUCCUCCUUACAACUUCUCGGCUUCGAUGGUUGGUCUAUCAUACAUCUCACCUCUUAUUGGCGUAGUCAUUGGAUCUUUCUAUACUGGGGUAAUCGGCGACAAGAUUGUUCUUGCAAUGGCACGUCGCAACGGAGGUAUCCUGGAGAGCGAGCAUAGACUUUGGCUGUUUUUACCGUCGUUGCUUCUCAUUCCUGGUGGAUUGAUCUUGUGGGGAGUCGGUGCCGCACAACAUGUCAUGUGGUUUGGCUGUGUCUUUGCAAUGGGUGUCAUUGCUUUGACCAAUACCAUUGGCAUCCAAUUGAGCAUAUCGUACGCCGUCGACUCAUAUAAAGACCUUGGAGGCGAGGCAAUCGUUACUGUCAUCUUGGUCCGCAAUACGAUGAGUUUCGCUAUCGGAUACGGUAUCACCCCAUGGAUCAAUGGGAUGGGUUUGCAGAACGCCUUCAUCCUCGCUGCUUUUGCCGGCCUUGCCCAAUGUUUGACCUUCUUUGCCAUGGUCAAAUUUGGUAAACAGCUCAGAGCGAAGAGUGCUGGCAAAUACGCGAAGUACGUUCAGAAGAUGGCAGAAAGCGGCCUCGUUCACUGA